AUGAGUGUCCAAACGAAACCCUCCAAUGAGAAAGUCAUUCCCCUUUCCGCGAAAGACCAAUGGCGGCCCAUUAGCAACAUCCGCUCUCUAGCUUUUAUUGUCGUCCGUGACAUCCUCGAUGGAGAACUCAUGAAAGAAUCUCUGGACAAGUUGAUCACAGAGCAUAUCCCUCUUCUAAGCUCGCGAAUAAAACCCAGCGGAACAGACGGCUGGCUCCAAUACCAUCUAACGUCUCCCUUGCCCGACAAUUAUGACAUAUUUGGCUGGUCUGUUAGCAAUGUUGGGACAACCAUCGGAGAAUCAAAGCUUGUACCAGAACAAAACUCCCAAAGGGGCAUCGCCAUCCUUCCAGAUGUGACAGUCUUAGAAUCGUGUUGGACACCCACCGACUGGCCCAUUCUCCGCAACCAAGACAAGCCAGAAACGCCGCUCUUGCUGGUUCAUCUCACAUACUACACCGAUGCCACAAUAGUUGCUGUUAGCUUGCCGCACUGCGUGAGCGAUCAAUUGGGUCUUGGUAGUGUCAUCAGCUCCUGGACAGACCUCAUGCAAAACAAAGAACUUGUGCCAUUUAUUGACCUUCCAGAGGGUGCUCUCGAGGGUGACAAAACAAUGUCCAAAAAAGAAUUGCAUAAGAAAUACGAAUUUCGACUCAAGACAAAGGCAGACCGGGUGGGAGUUGUGAUGGGGAUUAUUCCAGAGCUAGUAACCCGCUCGAAAGAGACGAGAUGCACUCUUUAUUUCCCUGUGGAAGUGAUUAAUGGGAUACGUGAUCGAUGGCAGAAUGAGAUACAGGCAAAAUUCGGCACUGAGGCAGUGACUAUUACAAAUGGAGAUGCGAUUGCUGGAAUUGUUAUCAAGUUCGCCAACCUGCAUCGCAAACAUCCCAAGAAACAACUCUUUACAAGCGCAGUAAACGUCCGCGGAUCUCACCCUUCCCUCCCCAAAUCCCACAAAUAUCUACACAACGCCCUCGUCUUCGCCCCUACCCACGCAGCCAUCAGCCGGUCCAAGCCACCAGCCUCCGAGAUUGCAUACAGAACUCGGCUCGCGAUAGUGCAGAGCUUGCAGCCGGCCAACAUGGAGCGCGGCCUCGCAGUGGCGCGGGAGCUCUACCUGCACAACAUCCUGAUGCACAUCUGCGAGCCGUGGGAGUUUAGCUAUGGCGUGACGAACUGGUGCAAUGCGUGGCAUGGGAUUGACUUUUCUGCUGCUAGCAUUAGGAGAGCUGAGCAAGGUGUUGAAAAGAUGGAGGAGGGCGAUGGAGCUGUUCCAGCGCCGCUUGUGUUUGGGCAUGCACUUGAGAGGAAUCAUCCAAAUCGAUUGAGCGCGACAAUCAUGUCAAAGGGCGAGGGAGGGUACUGGGUCGACUUUGCAGCACCGAAUAAAGGCAUGGAGGCUAUAAAAGCCCUUUUAAGGAACGAUCCCAACUUGGAGACGAUAUGA